CAAAACAGGACGUCUGUCUUCCUGUCUUGCAAGUCGCGGUGAUUUUAAAUAUUUAAAGCGAUGGCUUCUUUUUAAAGAUCCAGAAGAUUUUCUUCAGUAUUUCCUCAAUUUGUUUGUACAUCUCCAAUAUAUUUUCAUUAAUAUGAUUAGAAAUCAAAGACGAAGGGUUUCACUUCAGACGUUGCAGAUUACUGCUGAUGAAGAUCUCCUCACUGGUGAAAUGGUGCAUCAAAAAGAAGAGGUUAAAGCAAAGGAAAUCAAGCAAAUUGAGAAAAUCGUAGCCACAGAAAAAGAAAACAUUCGUGCUAGUCGAACUGCUAGACAAAAGACUAAGAAAAGUACAUCCAAGGAAGAGCCUAAACCGGUUGUACUGAAAAAACUGAAAGCAGAACCAAAAAAAGUUGCCACAAAAUCCAAAACUAAGACAGACAAGGUGGUAGCAGAUUUAAAGCAACCUAAAAUAAAUUCUGUCUUAAGUUCUGCGAGUUUAAAAUCAACUGCAAUUGAUAAUGAUACGGCUAAUGGUAAGCCUGAAGAAUCUCCAGCUGUUCAAGAAAACAUAGCAGAAACAACUGUUUUUCAACCUGAUUGUAGUACAUCUACAACUAAUGAUUCUACUAUUACAUUGUUGACAGGAAGUACUGCUCCUGAAAGUUACUGGAGAGACUUGGCAGAACAGAGACGAAUUGCUCUAGAUGAAACUUUGCAUGAAAAUGAGCUAUUACAGGAUCAGUUAGCAGUUCUUGAAGCUGAAAAUUCCCAACUGAAAAGUUUAUUGAAAGAAGCAGAACAAUUAGCAUCAAUUGUUAAAGGAAUGAUUGACUGAUCUCUUUUAGUGUGAAACAACUACCAGUUAUAUUUUCAGAGUUCCUAUAUGUCGUUGUGAUGUUACAGUAUAUUAGUGAAUGUAUUUAGUGUUUAUGGAAUAAAGUUUAUCUGUACAUUGUUUUUAAACAUUCAAAA